AAGCAGCAACAGACUAGCCAGCCAUAUUAUAGAGGUGGAAAUAAAGCUGCCCCAAUAUUAUAAAUGUCUUUGAAAUAAAUCCGUGCAUUUUUUUUUAGCAUCUAACCACUGCUCACCUUCCAGCCUUGAGUCCCCAGAUCACCCCCUCCCAGCCCCUAACCAAACUACAUCUCAGUUCUUGAAAAUGCACAGAGACGCCUGGCUACCUCGCCCAUCCUUCUGUUUCACUGGGCUCAGUCUGUUUUUCUCUCUGGUGCCAUCAGCAUCGAGCAUGGAGGUCACAGUUCCCAUGACGCUCAAUGUCCUCAACGGCACGACUGUGCGCCUGGCCUGCACCUUUAACUCUUGCUACACAGUGAACAAUAAACAGUUCUCCCUGAAUUGGACAUACCAAGAGUGCAAGAACUGCACCGAGGAGAUGUUUCUCCAGUUCAGGAUGAAAAUCAUUAACCUGAAACCAAACCGUUUUGGGGAUCGGGUGGAAUUCACAGGGAACCCCAGCAAGUAUGAUGUGUCUGUGACCCUGAAUAAUGUACAGCUGGAGGAUGAGGGCACCUACAACUGCUAUGUCAUGAACCCACCUGACCGCAACCGUGGUCUAGGCAAAAUCUACCUACAGGUCCUAACACAAGUGCCCCCUGAACGUGACUCAACGGUGGCUGUGAUCGUGGGUGCCUCAGUGGGUGGUUUCUUGGCUGUCGUCAUCCUGGCACUGAUGGUGGUCAAGUGUGUGAGGAGGAAACAGGAGCAGAAGCUGAGUGCGGACGACCUGAAGACAGAAGAGGAAUGUAAGACAGAUGGGGAGGGCAAUCCAGAAGAGGGCACCAAGUAAGGGUGGAUGGUCUUUUGGCCUUCCUCCUCUCAUGCCUACUUGUCUCCCUCUCAUUCUCCACCCUAUACAGUGUGCUCCUUGCCUACCCCUCUCAGUGUGCUUCUCUUAAGCCAGGAUUCCAGCCCCCAACUCUGUACCUCCUACUUACAGCCCUCCCUACCCCUUGCCCCAAGAGUGACUCACCUCUCUUCCAUCAGAGACGCCCACCAUUAAACCAACUGGGAAUUGAAGUUCAGACGGGGUGUAGGAAAACAAGGGGCCCUAGUAGGUACCACUGGCCGAAUAAAUGCUCAUCUUCUUCCACAAGAAGAUGGUAAAAUGUGGCCGUAGGUUGGCCAUUCCUGUGUGAGAGGUAAGGAGCUCAUUCCAGGAUCCUAAAGAUGGGGAAGUGUUGGGAGAGGAUGAUGGUGGAGGAAGAAAUAAGCCCCCUCAGCCUGUCCAGAACUUGCUUUGAGUCUCUACAAGUGCACCAGUCUUAGAGGGAACCUUUUUUAAGGGGCCAUUCUAGCAUCCUUGGAGCUACCCCUGCAGAUGAUCCCAUGUACUAAUUUUUUUGCAGAAUUCCUAGGAUUUCUCCUAACAGAGAAUCCCUUUGAAGCUUAUCAAGUUUUGGGGGGGGUAUCUGAAUGAGUUCCCAUAGUUUGGGGGUCUCUCAUGGAUGAAAGUGCAUUUCCUAGAUAUUGGAGGUUGGGAACAAAACCCAAGAGAAUCAGGAGCCUUAGUCUCAGUAUUCUCUGUCUUGGCCCUGUUGUCCUCCCCAGAUCAACUACAGAGUUCUUCCACCUCAUUAUUCUAUGCCCAGGAGCCCCUUGAGUUUUUAGGGUGAGCUUAUUGGAAGAAAUGAGAGUCACUUGAACUGAGCCUAGGUGGAGGGAGUGUGUAGUUCCAGCUAGAUAUGCUGACUGGGGAUGGCUAUUUUGGCACUGGUUGCCUAGUGAUAGGAAAGCCCCAAUUGCAAACCUGGUUGGUGGUGGAGACACCUUUUACUAGCAGUCUCUGCUAACCGCCUCCUCAAAUAAGAUGUUCACCUCCCCUCUCCUCCCUCCCCCCCAACCUAUGCCUUAGGAAUACUCAGUGUGAGAGUGUGUGUAUGUAUGUACGUGCGUGCGUGCGUGCGUGCGUGCGUGCGUGCGUGUGUGUGUGUGUGUGUGUGUGUGUGUGUGUGUUUAUGGGGACAGGGAGGAUGGUAAGAGGAAAGAGAGACACAUUCUGAUGGGACUGAGAAGAAAGGUCCAGUUUGGACAGCCCGUUUCCAAUUGCCCUCUACAGGAUAUCUGACUAGUCUGAGAUUUGCUGUCCAAGUCCAUAGAUCAGUUUAGAGACCAGAGAUAAGGUGGGAUGAGGAGGAGGUGUCUGGCAGGGGGCUCCAAAUCUCUUUGUCUUUUAGGCCUUGGGUAGACCUCGAUUCUGCCCACUUGUGGUGAUGGGUGGGACUGGAGGAGGGGAAUCAAAGGCACUACCUGAGAGGAGACCUAAUUUUCACUGCCAAUUUACCAGCUGCCCCAAACCUGAGAUGUAAGACUGGCUUCAACUUGUACUUUCCUUAGCUCCUUCAGGAAGGAAGAUGAAGUCUGGAGACAGUCAGUCAGGACACUGAGUAUGAACUCUAUCCUCUGAGGAUUCCACUGCACUCUCCCCUGGUUAAUCUGUGCCCAGGAAGAGUCAGGCAGGCUGACUGGUUCUCCAGGCUGGAGGAGGUUUUUUUUUUUUCUUUAGGCUUCUGGAUGGUUAAGAGAGAGUGUACGGGAUGCCCUCUUUGGGCUAUAGAUGAAGGAGGAACUGCUUAUUGCCUUUCCUUUUCUUACUGUAGCUCCUCCAAAAGGAUCCUGCUACUUAGCUAAAAAAAAAAAAGAUAAUUUGAAACAGAGGGAGUCAAAGUAAUGGGGAAUGGAGAAACUAAAGUUGUUGGGAAAUACCUUUAUCCCACAACCUGGGCUAAAUUCACUCUCAGGCCUGCUUAGCUCCUUGCCCCACUCCAGUAUUACACCUCCAGGGGGCAAAAUGUUAAUAGCAGGGCAAAUGAAUGAAAGAAGAGGUGAAGGGAAAGGACUGAGACAGUCUUCUGAGAGGACAUUCCCUGCCCCUGACCACCUGGCCUCUCAGGUUUCUGUGGCUCAAAAAGGACUGGGUAAGACAAUCUAAAACUCUGGGGAUGCACAAGAAGCCAUAACAGAUAUGUGAACUACCAGCUCAGCUCUUUGUGGGACCAAGAUUAUAAUAAUUUUUUUCGUGCAUCCAAUUCUAUCACUGUAGCUAAUAAAGUCUAAGCCAUUACUACUGGGUUGGAGUCUGAGAAGAGAUGGAGUAGGAAAAGAGGGCAAAAGAACAGGAGAAGCGGAGAGGAGCUCCAGGGGUGGAAAGAGGUGCAGACAGAGCAGCUCUAAGGCAGGGUGACAUGUUCUGUCCCAGCUUUCUCUAAGGCCCCAUCUAGUACUUAACUCCCAGAUCAACACUGCCAAUGGGGCCGGGCUGGAGUGAGGUCAAGCAGGCUGGUCAUCUGGGCUAGAUUGGUAUUGUCUGUCCCGGAGCAGGGAAGGAAGAGCAUGUUUUGUUAGUACCUAAGGAGGGUCACUCAGUUCUACUUAUUCUUCUGAAUGCACCUUCCCUCUGCCCUCUCGUCACUUCUAAGUUUCCAGCCCAUUCUGAUUCUGGACACUGUAUUUCUCCCUGGGUUCUUAAGGUUUCCAAGAAGAAUCUGAUUUUGCCUUCUUCCAGCCUUUCAAAUAUUUUUAUCUCCAAGGGCCAGAGAGGAUCUCUUCAAUACCAACCUCAAUUAAAAAACAAACAGCCAUUGAUUAAGCAUCUGUUAUGAAUCUUUGGGGUAAAAAGACAAAAAAAAAAGAAACAGUCCCUGUCUUGUAGGAGCUUACCUUCUUGGGAGAGGAAUACAACAUGCAACACAGUCAAAGUCAUCUCAAGAGGGAGAGAACAACAGCUUCCA